GAAGGCGCCGCGCACGGCAAGAUGGCGGCGGCGGGUCCUGCCUCAGGCCCCGGGCAGCUCCUGGCUCGUCCCCGGCCGGGCCUCGCUCGGUUCCGGGGCUGCUUGGCCGGGGCAUUGUUGGGUGAUUGCCUGGGAGCUGUUUUCGAAGGCAGGAGCGUCGUGAAGCUGCCGGAGCUGCUGAGUUUCCUCAAAGGGCUGGAACCGGCGCCGCCUGAGGAGGGAGGGGAAGCGGCGGGGAGCACACGUGGAGAGUUGCUGCCAUACACGGACGACACGGCCAUGAGCAGGUCGGUGGUGCAGUCACUGCUGGCCAAGCAGGAGUUCGAUGAGGUUGACAUGGCCAAGAGGUUUGCCGAGGAAUACAAGAAGGAGCCCAACAGGGGCUAUGGGAUGGCCGUGGUCAAUGUCUUCAAGAAGCUCCUGAGCCCCAAGUGCAAUGACGUGUUUGAGCCCGCUAGAGCCCAGUUCAAUGGGAAGGGUUCCUACGGGAAUGGCGGGGCCAUGAGAGUGGCCGGCAUCUCCCUUGUCUACUCUGAUGUCCAGGAUGUCAAGAAGUUUGCGAAGCUGAGUGCAGAGCUGACCCACGCCAACUCCCUGGGCUACAAUGGGGCCAUCCUGCAGGCCCUGGCUGUGCACCUGGCACUGCAGGAAGGGCUCAGCAGGGAAACCUUCCUGGAGCAGCUCAUCUGCCACAUGGAACACGUGGAGGCAAAUGACAAGUCUCUCAGUGAUGCCCGAGCGCUGGGGUUUGAGGAUUUACCAUUUUCCAGGCGUCUAAAGAAAAUCAAGGAAUUUUUGGAGCUCAGCAGUGUUCCCAAAGAAGAUGUAUUGUUUGAGCUGGGCAAUGGCAUCGCUGCACUGCGCUCCGUCCCCACUGCCAUUUACUCCUUCCUGCGCUGCAUGGACACUGAUCCUGACAUUCCUGACCACUACAACGCCCUGCAGAGAACCAUCAUCUUCUGCAUCUCCCUGGGGGGAGACACAGACACCAUCGCCACCAUGGCAGGGGCCAUUGCUGGUGCCUAUUACGGGGAGGAGCAGGUGCCCCCGAGCUGGGAGCAGAGCUGUGAGGCUUUCCAGGAGACCCAGAGGAUGGCCAAGAGCCUCUAUGAACUCUACUGCCAGCGGCUCUGAGCUCUGGGGCAGCACCAGGGCUUUUCUGAAGGCGAAGGGAUGGUCAGCUCUGCUUCUCCGGUCAGACCCAGUGGUGGAUCUGCACCAUCGGCCAACGCCAGCAAGCCUCACCUGGGAAGGGUGCUUGCUGCUGAGAGCUGGGAGCCAGCGCCAGCUUGGAAAAGAGGGGACAUCCCCUUCAGUCACAGAUCAGCCGGGAAGUGGCUGCACUUGGACAGUGGGUGAAGCUCCCUCAGUGUACAUAAGUGUCUCAUUUCCAUAGGAUUUCUGCUGCUUGUUUUGUCCACCAUUGUGCCAUUUGUCAUUGCAGUUACUGGCAGGUGUCUGAAUCUGCAAACAUUUUCCCUCUUUUACUCUGCUCCUGUGUCCAUGGGCUGUUUUGGUGGUCAGUGGCUUGUCCAGUGGCUUUGGGAGGAUCCACACUCCUGGUACAGCAGCAGGUCAUCCUCAGCUGGCCAAAUAAGGGAUGUCACAAGAGUCACCAGAGAGGCCUGGUGGCCCAGGUGUCACCUAUGCUGAAUUAGGAUUAUGGAGUGUAGAUUUCUGGGAAGGUUUGUUGCCUUAAAGGCAGAAUGAGAAGGGCCAGUGAAGGGAGAAGGGAUUUCUUUGCAUUGCUGAUGGCUCUGUGAGAGACCUUUGAUGCCUGCAGACAAUCUUGGCUGGCUCAUUGUCCCUGCUGGGAGAGGGUGUCACUAAUUGCUGCUCUCUUCCUGGUCUUUGACCCUAUGAUCCAGCAGGCACCUGCUGUAUUUGUGCCCCCUUGCACAGCUGCUGUUACACUGCUGCAGCCACUCUGGCUGCUCCCGUGUUCCUAAUCCAUGCAUCCCGUAUAUGCCCAGAGCACCAGGUGACAUUCCUGUUUAAAUUACAGAGUAUCCCAAACUGAAACAGAUCCACAUAACAGUCCAGUUUCUGUGGAGUGCAGAUCUGGGAGUGGAGGUAGUACAGGGAUAGAAUGCCUGGUUCUGCUGCAGACAGCCACAAAGUGACUUGAGUAGGAUGCAGGAGGUCACUUAUCACACUCUUAGCCUCUGUACUUGGUAAAAACUGCCCCAAAAUUAAAGGGAAAGGUGGGUUAAUUGGGGACAUCAGUAUUUAAAAGAAGCUGGUGCUGGUGGCCAAGAACAUUCUAGCAAAAACUGUGUUCCAGAAUUUUACAUUUAAAACCUUUUCCUAGUGGAGCUGGUCAAAAAGGGAGAAACAGCUUGGGAAUGGCACAUCUAGAAAGGGUUGGAAACUUUUUAAUAUUGAAAACAAAAAGUCAUCAUAUGGAAAUGUUUAUAAACUUAAAUGUGACAGUGUAACUCUUGUUAUUUCUCCAGUAUGUCUUGUGACACUGGGAAAUGGCCAUGGUGCUCCCCAGUGGUGUCAGCACAUGGUGGCUGUGUCAGGCUGCAUGCACAUGGCGGGAUCUGGCUGCCACAGGUCCUUCCAGUUUUCCCUGUAGUCUGCUUCCUUCAAGUUCCAGUCUUUUGUGUGAUGCUCUAAAUGGGUUUUCCUUGUAUAAAUGGAUUCUUGUCUUGGGAAUAUGUGGAAUUUUUGUCUGUUGUAUAUUUUUGUAUUGUGCUGUAAAAUAUCAGGUUUUCUACAUUAUUCUGCCAGAGGGGCUACCAGGUUAAUGUAAUUAUGUAAAAGAAGAUAUUUUUCUUUUCUUUAAAAGAAGAAGCAGAUUUAUAAUUUUAAAUGUUUGGAACUCCUGACAAGCAAAGAGCUCCUGUUUAAAGACUAAAGCCCUAGUUUCCUUGGAAAGAAGUAAAAUCCCUCAGUUAUCUUUGUUAAGUAGCCACUGCUUUGGUGUUUUCACUCCAGUCAUGAGGUUGUGCAUCCUCAGUGCCAAGAGGACCAGGAGUGGUUCUUGGUACAAGGGUGAGUUGAUGCUGGGCAUUGCAGGGAGGGCCUUUGGAAAGGCCCCUUUUCCUUAGCCUGUGGAGGGACUUCAGGUGCUGAAAUCCAGCAUGUGAUGAUGGUGCAGAGACCAGGGAAUUCACUUGGAGCCUCAUUAGGCAGGAGGAUGGCUUGCUCCUUGGAAUGAGCUUUUGAAGGUGCCUGUGUGUCAGCCAAGCUUCCCUGGAAAAGUUUUGCCUCUGCCAGCUGAGAUCAGGUGGGAAAAUUCUUCUGUUUGGACUGUGCGCCUGUGAAGGUGCUUUACAGGUAAGUCACCAGUUUUGAGUGUUCCUGACUCACUCAGGAUGGAGGCUGGCUGUGCACAAGGUGUGUGAUGUAGGAUAAAAAAAAUUAUGAGAAAAAAAACACAUGGAAAGGAAAGGGAAUUCCUAAGGGAAUUCAACUUGAGUCACUCAAAUUAAAAAUCACCAGCUGUAAGGAUAUGGAUUUCAACCUUUUCUAAAACUGAAUUUCUGGAGUCUUAAUCACAAGAAGCAUGCAAUAAUGUUUUGCAUAAGGCUGUUAAUUAGGGAAUGUGCUGGGAAUGAGCGAGACGAUUUGAGGUGGGAAUACAGUGUAAGAGAACUGUAUGAGAUAGAUUAAGUCCCAGGACAAAGCACAGCUGAGCCCACCCUCUAUACAGUAAGUUUUAUUGAUGUUUGUCAAUACAAUCAAGUACUGCAGUUUUAGUUGUGAAGAGCAGGUCAGUUUUGGGUCACAAAGAGUGCAUUUUAAACCAACUUUUACUAGGACAGUGCAUGUAGUAUUUACAAAACUAAAAACCUCUAUAUACUAGGUUAGAAAUGAAGAUACUAGAGGCAAAUUUUAAAAAAAAAUAGUAAGAAUUUGUAUAUAAAAAUGCACAACUAAUGCAGUUUUCAGCAUUAAAAA